CGUGGCGCAUGUUUGAUAUUUCUGUAGUCAAUUGGAGGAACAAUUGGGACCUUGGCCGAAUUUGUUGUCACUCCUAGAAGGAUUGAUUCAAUGACUCUGAUUCAAAUCCAAUCUCUUUGUCAUGGUUGGGAUUCUCUCUCUUUCUCUCUCUCUUAUCAGAUAAGGACAAUGAAGGUGAGCAGGAAUCAAAAUGAGCAUUAGAUGUAUUUUAUAGCUUUUUUCACCCCUUUUUUUAGCAAAAGGAUGCACCCCAAUAGCAAGAAUCCCAAUCAUCAGAUAUAGUUACUGGGAAUCCUCGAAUAAAGUAAGUGUUUCUAAUGUGUAAUUUCAUUAUUUUCUCUCUAAUUAUUUGAAAAAUGUUUUUCCAGAGACCUGAAGAAAGAAUGACAAAAAGCUGGUUGUUUUUAUUGUUAGGGAUAUGCCACCAUCUCCUCCUUUCAUAUUUUGUAUUCUGAUUCUCUCUUUUUCUGAUGAUUCACUUGGUAUUUAUUCGUUGCUUGUAAUUGGUCGAAGAGAACUUGUGCAAUUGAGAUUGGGCCAGCAGCUGCCCCACUUGGCCUUGUGAGUGAGGAACAUUGAGCUGAUGCAUUUGAGAUCUGUUGGCAGUUUUUAUUACUGCAAAGAUAUUAUUUCUGCCAUUCUUGUUCAAGUGAAACGUGCUAAUUGAACGAACUAUUGAAUGUCAUGUUCUAAUGACUAAUUUUGAAUAGAAUAAUUGGAUAAUCAUUUAAUCAUACAAUGAAUUAAGGUGCAGUAACCUUCUUGUCUCUAACUUUCAAAGCUCUUUCGGAUUCACUGUGUCAGUGGAGGGAUAAUACCAUGGAAGGUCAGUGUGUGUAUAUACAAUCAUUUUAAUGCCGUGUGCUCAUUGAACUCUAUAUGCCUUUCAUGUCACUGUGGUAUCUCUCCAAGGUCUGAUAACACUUACUUGUAUUUGACAUCAGUUUUAUUUAUUUAUUUAUUUAUUUAUUUAUUUAUUUAUUUAUUGUGUGUUUUGUGUGAGCUAGUUAGCUUUUAGGUGAUGUAACAAAUGAACUAAAAUUCUUUUGAUAUGUUUCGCCACUCGAGAACAUUGAGAAUCUGGACAGCAUGGUGGUCGCCACCGCAUAUUGUAUAGAUAUCCACAAAUUGUUUUCAGAGUAUCUUGCUAUCUUAUUUGAUAUUUUAUUUUUGUUUUUUGGCACAUGUAUGCAUGAGACAUUUUUCUAACACUUGCUUGCAGUAAGCCUCGCCCUUCUGCUGCUAUAUAUAGGACCUUAGUAUGGAGCUUGCAUUAUCAUUCCCUGUUCUUCAGUUUAAACUACUCAGUAUCUCAGAGAAGGUAUGGAACGAUCGAGUUUGCAAAACCAGGCUGCCGCCAUGAAGAAGAGCUUCUUUGAUCAGGGUUACUUAGAUGAACAAUUUUAUCAGCUAGAAGAGCUACAAGAUGAUGCUAGCCCGAAUUUUGUGGAAGAAGUUGUUGCCUUGUUCUUACGAGAUUCUUCUCGAUUGAUCGGCAUCAUAGAUCAAGCUAUGGAUAAGCACCCCCAAGAUUACCUCAAACUGGAGACUUACAUGCACCAACUUAAGGGCAGUAGCUCCAGCAUUGGUGCACUGAAGGUGAAAAACGAGUGCACGCAUUUCAGAGAAUACUGUGCAGAAGAUAAUCUGGAAGGAUGUCUGAGAUCAUUCCAAAAGCUGAAGAGAGAGCAUGCUAUUCUUAAGCAGAAACUAGAAGCUUACUUUCAGUUAUUAAAACAAAUGGGCUCGGCUGGAAAAGCAACUCGGUCGGGAGAUCAUUUGGAGCAUCAUAAGUGAUGAGAGCAAUAGAGGAAGAUGAUGGUGAUAAGAAGACGCUGGAGAGCAAAGUGAUAGAUGUGUGAAAACUGGGCUCCAGCGAGCGGCAGGAGUGCAUACAGAGGAACUUCAAGGUUGUGGAGGAGGACAAUGACCACUUCCUUAUGAAACUAAGUGAGAGGUUUUAAAGAGUUUACAAAGUCUUCAAAGAUGGCCACUCUCACCAUUCUCAAGGAUGUCUCUGGGAUCAUAAAACCUUCAAGAAUUGCACUUUUGUUAGACCCUCCAUGAAAAUAAAAAUGCAUGCAUGGAAUUCUGUGAUGAAUUUUUCGGGGGAGAUGAUAGUUGGACCAUCAAAGAUACUGUUUAUGGAUGAGAUAUCAACUGGAUUGGAUAGCUCCACCACCUUCCAGAUUGUGAAAACACUUCAACAGAUUGCUCAUUUCACUGGAUCCACCAUCCAUCUCAAGAUCUUUGUGCUCUUUGAUGAUAUCAUUCUCCUCUCUGAAGGGCAGAUUGUUUAUCAAGGUCCAAGAGAAAGAGUGCUAGACUUCUUUCAUAGCUGUGGAUUCCACUGCACAGAGAGAAUAGGUUUUAUCAUGGAAGGAUCAAGAACAGUGUUGGGCAGACAUGGACAAGCCAUACAACUACAUCUCAGUCUCUGAGUUUGCUGAGAAGUUUAAGAGAUUUGAAGUUGGUAUUCAUCUGGAGAACCAGCUCCCAGUUCCAUUUGACAGGAAAACAAGUCACAAAGCAGCCAUUGUUUUCACAGACACCACCGUUCCUUUGUCUGAGCUUCUGAGAACUUCUUUUGCCAAGGAAUGGCUUCUUUAGAAGAGGAACUCUGCAGUUCGCACCUUCCAAACAGUUCAG